AGAGAAACAACUAUGGUAAUGGUUUCUGUUGAGAGCAGUAGGUUUCGUCUCGGACUUGAUAGUGCUAAGAUAGAAGUCAUCAACAUCUGGGUGGGAAGGAGAACUACAUCACGGGCCGCAUUUUUGUGUGUGUGCGCACUAUAAUUUUUAAGCCUUUUCAGCAGGAGCAGGAACCCAAAAUAAACAAGAAGCUAUCGCUUCGGUGACACUUGGCUGCGCCCUCCGACAGCACCUCGAUCCCCUCGCCGCCAUGCCGACCGACGACACGAAGGCCCUGCUUGCGGGGAAGUCCAACGAGCAUGAGCAGGCUGCGGGCAUGAAACCACGACGGUGCACGGACAUCCUCUGUCUACUUGUCUUCUUCGGUUUCCUUGGGGGCUUGAUCUACAUUUUGCAGUACGCGAUUGCGUAUGGAUUGCAACUAUGUGCUGGUCAUCUGGAAGAUGAGUGCAAGACUUGUCAUGCAGAUUUUCCAUGACCAAUGAGGUCUGGAAUGCGGGACCUAGCAUGACAGAUUCUGUGAGAUGAUCUCUAUCAUCUUCCCUGUCCAGCAUGAGAAAAUCCUUGCAAGUUGGUCAAAAGUGGGAGACUUAUGGUAAUCAUGCAACACAGAUUUUUUCACAGAGGAGGCUUAGCAUGACAAUUUACACUCUUCCAGACCCAGACAUAUUUGCAUUUGAUAUUGCGAACGGGGACGUCAGAAGAUUGAGCCACGGGUUUAACUUCAAGGGGAAGUUGUGCGGGGUAGAGAUUCAUAGCUUGCUUCAUAAUUUUUGUCAUGCAUCAGCUUCACAACUACACAUGUCCUUACGCAAGAAACUACAUGAUCUGGGCUGCAUGAAAAAUCAAAUACUUAUCAAUUAUCAAAAACCGCACCGACCACAUUCUUUAUAUUCAGGUCGACCCCGGUUACGAGGACCGUCCUUACCUUUAUUUCUGCCCCUCCGGCGUCCCCAUCCCGGGGACAGAUCCGCCUAUACCUAGUUCCCUGGAUCUCCUCCACCCCAUCUGCGUCAACUCUUGUCCCGUGUCUGGGUCCCAAUCCUUCUUGUGCUACGGUGGGGCGACGGUGAAAGAGGGGGAUGCGACGAACAACGAAGGGGACUACACGAAAACCAUCACCUACGACUUUGUCCGCACCGAUGCGUAUGAGUCGUACGAGUUCAUGCAUCGGUACUGCAUCCUACGCAAUACAAACUUAUUCUUGUUCCCCGCACAACGUGUACAAAAUGCAUCACAAAUCUCGCCGAUUUGUCAUUCUACCCUGGGAUCGAGCCUAAGUUUUGUCAUGCAGAGACCGCAUUUGUACUAUGUGUAGUACGGGAAUAAAUUUCCUGUGGAUACAUCCCGAAGGCGGACGCACUGGCGAAGCAAGUGAUGAUAUCGCAAGAAAAAAGUGUUACAGUUACACACUGUGUGUCAGGCAUAGCAAGACAGACAAGCUCUGUCAUGUUGGAUAUGCAUGGAAGCCUUGUUUCCUACGUGUUUUCCCGUAUGAUUUCUGCAAUGCACGUUUUCUCUCUCAUGCAGAGAAACUUGUGUUGCUAAAUUGACGACAAAUGUGCAACUGUAAUACUUUUUUCGUGUGAUAGAUGACUAGCAUCGGAGACGGCGUGUAAGCGUUGCAAAUAUGUCUGGACGUCUAGAAAGUUGGAACUUGUGAUGCGGAUUAUGGAAUAGGCAAAAAUAAGAAUUUGUAUUUUUGCAUCAACGCCGAUAAAAGCUUCCUACUUCGUGCCAUUCACGCAAAUAGGAUGGAAUUUCUCACGCAGGAUCAUAGGUACCAGCAGGCCUGCGCAAAUUAACCUGUAAUGCUUUUGCGUGCAUCUGCAUUAGUACAGUGACCUUUUGCAUAUAGUAAUCCAAGAGAUGCUUGACAAACACGGGCAUUCUACUUCCGGACCCAGACGUAUUUGCCUUUGACACUCUGGUUCCGCAAGCGAUGAUGAAAGUCGGAACCUUGCGGGCGGGGUACCCGGCGUUAGCUCUCUCCACCGCAAUCGCUUUUGCCUUGGGGUACCUCUACCUCUUCCUGCUCCGGGAGUUCGCGAAAGCACUUGUCUACACCUGUAUGCUCGUCUAUGGAACUGUCAGGAUCGAAAUCGUCAAAGUUGAAAUAAUUUGCCAUGCAUAAAAUGGAUGCCAGGUGGAACCCAGUUUCCAAUUGGCGCAUGACGAAUGUCGGUGGUCCCUAAAUCCAGUUUGUCAUGCAGUUUAGGCAAAGAAGGGCGAUUUUCUCAAGCUACUUCAGCAGCUCGAGCUGUAACCCCAAACAGGCUUACAAUCGGCCUCACUUGCCUGCUCUGCAACACACGUUCCUCAGGUCAUGCGUUUUAUGCAUUACAGGUUGUGUAGUGGUUUCGGUCGGUUUAGUAUUACAAAUUAUUUCAACUUUGACGAUUUCAAGCCUGACGCUUCCAUAUCGUCUUGAUCAUGGGAUCGGCGGUUUCCGGGGGGUAUCUGCUCUCCGUCGCAGACGCGGGUGGCGUGGGGGAGGGGACCGGGGACGGACCAACCUGCUACGUCGUCGGGGUUUCCCUGUUGGUGAUGUCGGUGAUAUUUUUGGGUUUGUUCGCCGUCAAGAGAAAGGCUUUGGCCACAGGAAUUGCCUGCGUCGAGGGCGCCUGCGAGGCGAUAUUCAGCAUGCCGUCUCUACUACUGCAACCGGCCUUCGAGAUUGUGACAAAGAUAGUCGUGCUAGGAGGAAUGUAUAGAUACUAUUCUACUUUUCAUGGAGGCUCUUGUGUUGCAAUCAUAAGUACGCCAAGUAGAAUACCACGCAAGCAUGAAAUCCAAACUUCGAAAACUACAAAACCCAGGCUGUACGGCUUUAUGUGGGUGAUGUCGACGGGCGAUGUGAAGAGUUCCAGCGCGACAUAUCACAACGAAAAAUGCCCCCACCCCCGAAGUUGGGAGCAUUUGUAUUGCAAACCUUUCUAAGUGAAACAUUCACGAUUCACCCUCUUGCAUCUACCAGCAUCACAGGUUCGUUCUCAAUCGUGAAAAGCAAAAAUUUGUCUUGCAAAAGACCCCAGCAAGAGUGGCGCUGGUCAUGCAAGCGAUGCUGUAUAAGUACAACUAGUAGACUGUGCAUCAGAAAGAUUCAUAGUCCUUUAAUGCAUGACAAAAGAUUUUGAUUUGGAAACUUCGCAUCACAAAUUUUGGCAACUUUGGGGGUGGGGGCAUUUGUCACUGUAAUACGACAAUAGGUGGCGUGAGAGUACACGGGCUGUCGAGGACAUUCGACUAUAUGCAUUUUGCAAAUACAACGUUUGUCUGGAUGUCGAGGUUUGGGGUGCAGCUUUCGCGUGACCCAGAAGGUCUGGCAUGCACGCCCUAGCAUGAUCUUCACAGGCUUUCUUGAGAAGAAGGCCUCUUAAUGCGCGAUCCGCAUGGCAAAGCCCUUCUUUCGGUGGCCAGAAUUGCGCAAGUUUUGGCUACUUCUUCCACGCAUGACAGAUUUUUGUGUGAUGUGAAAUGCGCGUCACAACUUGUUCCAGUCAUCCAGGGGUACUUAUUUGCAGUGGAUAGACUACACAGACGAGCAACUCGCGUUUCUCGGCUACUGGCUCUUCGGGAUUUUCUGGAUCACCGAACUGUUCUAUGGGCGUGGACAAUUCCCCCUCCCCCUCGUUUGUAUAGCAUGAGCGGCAACAUAAGCAGUGGCAGCUAUGUGGCUUCCGCAUGACAAACCUCCUGCGCCACAUGGAUUGUAGUACUGCUUGAGGUCGUUUCAAAAUUUCUCAUGCAGACACUGCCUAGAGGCAAGAGGUAGACUCGUCGUUUUUUUGCAUUACAAAUGAGGGGGAAGGGGAGUUGUGCACUCUGAUAUGUUCACAGCGCUGGGGCAGUUCGUGGUCAGCUACUGCGUGGUGCUGUGGUACAAACAUUUUCUGUUUUUGCUUUGCAUAAAGCGCAUGACAGAAUUGCUUUUUUUUAUGCGGCAGCAACAGCAGCAGUCGUUGUGCAUGACAAGAAAAACACCGCACUCAUUGAAAUCUAUCUUCUCCACCCAGGUAUUUCUCGGACAAGGACUCGAACGGGAGAAAACGCGGCCCCCCGUUCCCACUCUUCAAGGGCGUGUUUGUCGGUAUUUUUUUCCACCUCGGCACACUGGCGAUGGGGGCGUUCUGCAUAGCAAUGCUGCGGGUAGUCAGAAUAGUGCUACAGUACGUCGCAAAACAGGCGAAGCAAGGUACAGUCUUUUUUUUGAAAUGGGUUGAACAUGAAGUAGUUUGAUGUUGGUAUGCCAGUACUUUAUUUCCAGUAGAUGAAAUAUGAUAAGAUGGUCCCCUAGAUGUACAUGUAGAUGUAGAUGAAAGCGACUUUAUUGUGCACCGAGUGGACGUGAAAAAGCGCACGUAAAAGAACGAAAAAGCAAGAGCAGCGCACACGUACAUGCACAUCUGAAAUCAGCCGACAAUGCCGUUCUGGAGAUAAUCGCAAAGCUGCUUUUGUGCUGCGUGAUGUGCUUCGAGCGGUUUGGUUUACCAAAUGUAAAAAUGUCUGGUUCUGGAAGAUUGCCAGGUUUGUCAUGCACAUUUUGCAUGACUCCUGAUCUCUGUGAUGCAUGCCCUAGCAUCACAGGUUUUGUGAGGGCUUUCUGAUGCCUCUACCGCAUGACAAAUGCUCUUUCCGUGUAGCAAAACUUGGACUCUCUUUGCUGCUCAUGCAAUACAGAUUUUUUUAGAAUCCAAAAUCAGCAUGACAAAUUGGAUUCUUCCAGACCCAGACAUUUUUACAGUUGAUAUGUUUCCUUCCUGAACAAUACCGCCUACAUGGACGUGGCAUUGAGAAGUAGCAACUUUUGUGCCGCUGCGAAGUAUCCUGUGCAAAAGUAUCGCACUCGUAUUGCAAUCACGCAUGACAAAUCUUUUUCUUAAGGUAAAUCCGCAUUUACAAAUUUUAUUUCUCAUGCUGAGGAAAUUUGUCAUGCAUUUAUGCGAGUGCGAUACUUUUGCAGUGCAUACGAAGAACGCCUUCACGAUGAUCACCAGCGAAAUCGCAACGAUUGCGCUCCUGAACGGGGCGUGUGCGGUGUUUCAGGUGCCAUAGACUACUUUGACUACUUUGUCAUGCGGCUUUCCCAAUAUUAAGCAGAGACGUCGCGUGUAGCUCCCUUGAAGAUCCUGCGCUAGGUAGUACUUACUUCAACGACGGAACAAAGACUGAAACAGAAAUUAAUACCACCCCCGCCCCGCAGGUCGUCGGCGCGGCUCUGAUAUCCGGCUUCGGUGGGUUCCUCACCUUCCUCAUGGUUACCGAGCUGGACACGUUCACGUACAACGAGUCGGCGUACUACAUUGCCUAUGGAUUGCAAAAAUGUCUGGGUCUGGAAGAAUGCAGGAGUUUGUCAUGCAGAUUUUGCAUGACCCAUGAGGUCUGUGAUGCAUGCCCUAGCAUCAGAGAUUUUGCGAGGGCUCUCUGAUGCUCAUACCGCAUGAGAAAUGCCCUCUCCGCGUAGCACAAAAUACACCUCUUUCGCUGUUCAUGCAAUACAGAUUUUAUGUAGAGUCCAGUGGUAGCAUCACAAGUACUAGCAUCCUUCCAGACCCAGACAUUUUUGCAGUUGAUAUUGCCGACCCGGUGUUCAUCUCCAUCGCCGCGGGUGUGAUUUGCUUGGUAAUCUAUCAAAGUGAAAAAUCCCCCCACCCCAUACUCAAACUAGAAAUUUGUGAUGCAGAUUUGUGGUCAGAAAUCAAAUUUGUCAUGCUAGAAGAGAAAAGAUGCGGACUGUAGUGCUGGCUGGCGUGGGAAAGCCUUGCAUCUUCAGCAUGACAGGGGGCAGCUGGAAGUGGGAAACAGCAUGACAAAUUGCCUGCAACCGAGGCCACAGGUGCGUCUCCUGGCCUUCUAGCAUUAAAUACACCAUCACAAAUUUCGUUUUCGAUAUGGGGAGGGCAGAUUUUCCCUUUUGAUAUAAUCGCGAUGGCGUUUAUGGUGAUAUUCGACCAAAUAUCCUGAGGAAAAACGGCCCUUCACCAGAGUUGUCAUGCAAAUGCGCAAUGACAGGAAUCGAUUUGUAAUGCGCAGCUCCAUGAGAGGAAUUUCCAAUCGUGUUUUGAAGUUUGUAAUGCUGAAAACAGGAUUAGCAUGUGAAAAUGGCUUUCUCAUGCGCCUUCUCUUGCCAAUCAGCACUACGCGGUAGGGGAAAACUUGUGACGCACAGCUCCCAAAACCUGGAGACUUGUUUUGCUAGAUUCCCAACUUGACUAUGGGGUGGCGACGUUUUUGCUUAGGAUACCAAACCGCGGACACCAUGCUGUACUGCUUCGUUUACGAAAAAAAGAGCGGCUCCUCCAGGUACGCACCCGAAUCUCUCGCCACGCUGAUUUCCAGCAGCUGACGGGCAGGUCGGAGUGAUCAUUUGAUGGUGACUGUACACGACUUGACGCUAAAGGGCUCGCGCGUGCGAGUUGUGCGAUGUUGAAAGAGGAUCAAAACAGAGAUUAAGAAAGAUCAUUCUGCGCAGUCUGAUUCUCUGAAAACAAAAAAAUGAACUAAAGCAAAUUUCGGGCGCGAAGCUUUAAAAAAUGCCG